AUGAGUAGCAAGCUUUGGGAAUAUUUCAUUCAAGAUGAUGUGGAGAGCUUCAGACGGUACCUGGCGAACGCGACGUUCGCCGGACCGCGAGCUUCUGGAGUGUCCAGCGCAGCAGCUGCCGCGCCCACAGCGGCAGCGCUGUCGUCUAAGACUGGAAGCCCCGGAUCAAUGAUCGCCUCGUCACCGAAUCCAACCAAACAAAGGAAAGCAUCCGCGGGAUCACCAGCAACCUCCGUACCCGACCGAUCGGGCUUUCCACGUGGUAAUACCGCUCUGUCGCGCGCCGAUGUCAAUGCUCGCGACCACUUCGGCAGGACACUUCUACACCAUAUAGCAUCUUCGCCGAAACCCACAGCGUCAAACUUUGCGCGCGCGUUGCUCGAGAUUCCGUUCCUUGAUAUCUAUGCACAGGACUGGGAGAGUGGCUGGACGGCAUUGCACAGAGCUUUGUAUGCGGGGAAUGCCACGAUUGCUCGAGCUCUGAUGGCGCGGGACACGCGGGACAUGACGGAUUACAGUAAACCGGGUCACACGAGUCAGAGUGGAAGUCUGAUCAAGAUCAAAGAUCGUGAGGGCUACAGCCCGUUCGAUGUCUAUGGAUCUACGAUCACAUCUCGAGAUAUCAAGCAGAUAUCAUCAGCAAAAUGGCCUGGGUCUAUCGUCCCCGAUCUUGAGGGGAGCGACGCUGCUUCCAACCCUGGGUCAAAUUACGGAGAGGAUGGCGAAGACGACGCAUAUCUUGCGCGAAGCGUUCUGAAAUCACGCACCGACUUUGCGGCCGACGAGGUUUUUACUCUCGGCAGUAACAAGAAUCUGAAUCUUGGCCUUGGUGAUCAAGAUGAUCGACAGUUCCCGGAGAGAAUUGUAUUGAAGCGCCCUGAUCACUUGCUCAACCGAUUCUACCGUGAGUACGAGGAGCAGAUGGAAAAGCUGGGUCUUGAAGAUCUUCUUGACCAUGGCAAUUCCAACGAACUACCCACAGUCAUCAAGAACAAGCCAAUGAAGCUUCAAAACGUGGUCAUGUCAAAGCUGCAUACUGCCGUUAUUACGGAUGACCCUGAAGCCAACCUGUUUAUCUGCGGCUUCGGUCCUGGUGGUCGUCUUGGAACCGGUGAUGAAUCUACCCGGUUUAGCUUUGUGUGUAUCGAGACAGGCGGGUUGGCAGGUAGAAAGGUCAUGUCCGUUGCUCUCGGCCAAGACCACAGUCUGGCCAUCACCGAAUUCGGCGAAAUCUUCAGUUGGGGAAGCAAUAAAUUUGGUCAGCUCGGGUACAGUUUGCCCAGGACGAGUAACAAGAACGAUGUCCCUAUCCAGUCAACCCCGCGACAGAUCUUCAACCCUUUCAAGAAGGAAACUAUCCUCGGUGCGGCCGCUUCCUCCAUUCACUCGGUGGUCUUCAGCAACUCUGGCCUGUAUACAUUCGGUAAGAAUGAGGGCCAACUUGGACUGGUCGACUCGGACGCACGAUCGCUAGAAGUUCAGACUACCCCACGACGUGUCGGUGCUUCUCUCUUUAAGUGUCCUAUUCAGAUGGUAUCUGCUAUCGACCGUGCAACGGCUGUGCUCCUACAGAACCACGAGGUCUGGGUCUUCUCGCAAUAUGGAUAUUCCAAACUUUCAUUCCCUCUCGAGGCGAGCUCGAGGUUCAUCCGGGAUAGCUUCAUGGCUACGCGAUACGAUGGCUCUGUGAAUCACGUCGUCAAGCUUGCAUGUGGCGGCAACACAAUCUGCGCCUUGUCCAGCUCUGGUGACGUCUUCACUGUCCAUGUGAACAAAUCCGAAGAUCCAUCAGCCCAAACGUCCACAACCAACCCUGCCAAAAUACGUAACUCACUGGCUGCUCCCGAAAGGGCCUGGUCUGUCAAAAAGUCCCACAUGGCUGCAAGUGAUGUCGACGUUGGUCAAGACGGAUCGAUCAUCAUUUGCACAACUUCAGGCUCAGCCUGGAGGAAAGAAAAGCGGACGAAGAACAAAGAGGGUGCUUCCAAAGAGUACAAGUUCGCUCGCAUUCCGGGACUAUCUAGGGCGGUGGCUGUGCGCAGUAACGCCUUUGGAGCAUAUGCGGUUGCUCAGCGCGACUGUGAUGUGACAAGAGAGCAAAUUCACAUUGAUGAGAGUACUCUCUGGGAUGACCUCCUACCUCUCUCGCCGUUCAUGACCCCUUCUUUUGACGAUGUAGAGGCAAUCUUGGAUGGAGAUGCUACAGAUAACCCGAUGCUUCUGUCCUCAGCCAUGGCUAUCAAAAGGGCAAUCAUUCAAUCGUCGGAAAUCGAAAGCCAGUUUCUUCCCAUUCGCUCCGAAGGAACUGUGUGGGUUACGAGCUCUCUAUCCGACGCCCGGAUUCCGGUGCAUGAGUUCCUCUUGGCUGGUCGCAGCCCAGUGCUUCGCAAAGCAUUGCAAGAUUUCCGCGAGUCCUAUUACGCUUCUCUGCCCGAUUUCUUUGACAUUGAGUACGGUAAAGAUGGCAUCACCCAGAUUCGGCUUCUGGGUACUGAUUUCUUGACUGUCAUGAAUGUGGUGUUCUUCUUGUAUACCGAUGGCAUUCUCGAUGUCUGGCAUCAAGCUAGGAGCUCACCCGAGAACGCGGCACGGUACCGUCAGGUUCGCCUUGAAAUCAUGAAGGUCGCGACUAAUCUGGGUCUUCCAAUGUUGGAACGCGCUGCGAGGUUGAUGGUCGAACCCCAAAAGAGUUUGAAGACCGACAUGGCUCAUGCGAUCAACCACCCUUCCUUCUUCAAUGAUGCGGAUGUGGUGGUCGAAUUAAAUGGUGACUCUGUCAAAGUCCAUAGCCAAGUGGUCUGCCAACGAUGCCCUUUCUUCGAUGCUCUGUUCCACGGUCGCUCUGCGGGUGGGUGGAUUGCGUCUCGUCGAAAGAACCCUACAGACAAGGUCCAUGUUGACCUUAAGCACAUUGAGCGGUCCACGUUUGACUUUGUCUUGCGGUAUCUCUAUGCCGAUACGGAAGAACAACUCUUCGACCAAGUUCGAACCAAGUCUCUCGAUGAGCUUAUCGACCUGCUUCUGGACAUCAUGUAUGUGGCCAACGAAUUGAUGAUCGACCGCUUAUCGCAGAUCUGUCAAAAGAUGCUUGGCCGGUUCGUCCAUACUCGGAACAUUUCCUACCUUCUUAAUUCAGUCGCACCAGUAUUUGUCUCUGAGUUCAAAGAGGCUUCUCUGGAGUACAUCUGUCUGAAUCUGGAGGCCAUGCUUGCCAACCGCUACCUAGAAGACCUAGACGAAGAUCUUCUUCAAAAGCUGGACAUGGUCUGUCAUGAGAAUCAAUUGGCAUGCUUCCCAGUCUCGCGCGGCCGUAACUCGGAAGACUAUGUCUUUGAGAAAUAUCCGGAGCUAGUGAGCUCAGUCGGAAUUGACAAGCAGCGUCGUAUCGAUGCAAUGACCUUGCAGUCUCGCCUCAGUGAAGUGGAAUCAUAUGAUUUCCGACCCCGAGGCCCCGCAAAUGACAAGGUCAAUGCAUCGCCGUUGGCACGGAAGUCAAAGGGCAGUGUCUCAAGGGAUACUGAGAGUUCUGUCAAUAGUCCAUUGCUGAAACCAAGACAAUCCACCAACGAUCUCAUGUUCCAGAUGGAUGAUGAAGCUGCUCUUUCACCCGGGGAUUCCAUCAAAGGCAAAGCCGUCAUGCGUGGCCUUGGCAUCGAGAGCCGGUCUUAUCCUGAUUCUCCUGCACUGGGGGCAAGUGUUCCAGAGGGUGAAUCACUCGGCGACGGAGGCUUCUUUGAUGAACGAAUGUCUUCACCACGGGAGGGUCUUCUCGCGGAGUCUCCGACAGAAUCACGGGCAAUCGCAAUGCACAAGAAACAAGCUAUGGCGUCCCCUGCCGAAUCAGGCUCUGCACCAUGGGGUUCUCCAGUCACCCUAAAUGCCAAGAAGGAUCUCAAGGAUAUCAUGGGCGAAACGUCACAAUCCCGGGUAUCCAACCUUACAUUGGAAAUGGAGAACCGACGCGAGAGCAGUGGCAACUUUAACGCCAAGCUAUCCCAAAAGGAGCGAAAGAAGAUGCAACAACAGCAGAUGCAGGAUAAGCUAGCUGCCCAGCAAAAGGCAAAGACUGCUCCCAAGAAUCCCUGGCAAUUGCCUCCACCAGCUGCUCCCACGACCCCUGUUAAAGACCCUCUUCCCGGACAGAGUGGGCCUGCUGCACCGGCAUCAGAGCCGUCAAAGGCAGCUCAAAAGCCGGCCAUGACCCUCCGGCAAACAGUCGCUGGAACUCCUCCGCCACGAUCCAAGCCAAUGGCCACUCCUGUCAAAGCGCAGAAUCGCAGCGUCUCGGGCAACACCGCACCCCCUCCCUUCUCCAAACCAUCCCCUUCAUAUCCACCAACUUCCCCUCCACAAACGCUACCCAAAACCUCACCACAACCCGCAAUCCAAUCUAUCCGCCACAUCCCCCGCCAAGAUCCAUACAUGCGCUCUCCAUCCGGCGGCUCCCUCUCCCUCGCAACGAUCCUCCUCCAACAACAAUCCGAAAAAGACGAGAUCCGCGAAGCAGCCACCGCCAAGCAUAAUCUGCAAGAAAUCCAAGCCGAGCAAGAGUUCCAGCAAUGGUGGGAUCAGGAAAGCAAGCGUGUACAGGGUCUCCUUGAAGUCGAGCCUACCCAACAGUCUGCUGGUGGGAAAAGCGGUCGUGGUGGCAAAGCUCCUGGUGCAGCUGGGAGCUCGCGCAAGCGAAGAGGCAAUAAGAAUGCUGGGCCUGAUGCUGGUUCUCAGGGUCAGAAGCAAACUGCACCUUCUUCGGCGUCUAGUACACCCAAGAAGAAUGUCAAUGCCAAUGGUUCUGCACCGGUGCCCGUGCAGGGAACUGUAGCCGGGAAUCAUGCCCCUGGUGCGGGAGGUGGGAAGAAUGCCCGCCGUGGUGGACAUGGAGGUCAACGUGGUAGGGGAAAGGAAAGGGCAUAA